AUGUUUCACAAUUAUGAUAUUGACAGAUCAGCCAAUGCUCUGGCUUCUAACUUGGUAUCUGCAGAUCCUGACUUGUCCGAGCGAAUGUUAUUUCAUGAUACUGAUAUUAUGGAUGUUACUACUGGUUUAAGCGACUACGAAGUUGUCUUCUUGGCUGCUUUAGUUGGUUUGAACAAAGAAGAUAAACGCAAAGUUAUUGAUCAUCUAGCUAAGCACAUGGCACCAGGGUCCUUAUUAAUGUUGAGGGGUGCUCAUGGUGCUCGUGGUUUUCUAUAUCCAAUUGUUGAGCCUAGUGAUCUUCCAGGUUUCGAGGUUCUUGCUGUUUUUCAUCCGAUGGACGAUGUGAUAAAUUGGUCAUUGUUGCACGUAAAAGCAAUGAUAAGUACCAGUACUAGUUCAUGGAGUUAUUUUAUUUUAUUUUCAUCCGAUGGACGACGUCAUAAACUCAGUGAUUGUUGCACGUAA